UAUGACAGUGUCAGACUUGCGGUGUGGUCCUUGUAUGAUGAGUUGCCCUGUAUAGGUGUUUAGGGUGUAGGGUAGUAAAAGUUAUUUCACAAAAACAAGUAAUGCAGGUUCUCCCUAAGACCAUUUGCUUAACUGAUAUUUAGAAAUGUAUUUUCUUCCUUCAACGAUAAGCUGUCAGAGCUCUCUGUGCAUGUGCAUGUAUGUGUGUGUUAAACCAUUUGAGUGCGAGUGCGUGAAAGAACUUUUGUACCUCAGUUUGAGUUUGUCCCUUCUUUCCCUUUCUACCUUUGUUUGCCUGUCAUCUCGCUAAAUAGCUCAGUGACUCCUCGCUCUCAAUCAUUCUCUGUUCCUGUGGCUCUCGCUCAUUCUCACCAAUACACCCUGGGGUUGAAAUAUCUAAGUGCAUACAAAACAAGUUCAGACAAAACCAGAGAGACAGAAUAGUGCUAAGGAGGUAAAGACUGGGAGUGAAUGACACUAAAUGCCAAGAGGGAGGAACAGCAUCAGGAGAGGACAGGAGCAAAGAUAUGAGGGGGCUGGACCACAUUUUAGACCUCACUGAGCUUAGUAUUUGUGUGUGUGUGUGUGUGUUUGUUUGUGUGCGCUCACCUGUGUUUGUGUGUGUUAAAUAUGAAGUUCCACACCGGUUCCCUGUUCCUCAUUUGAAAAACUCUUUUCUGUACCCCCCUCGUUCUCUUAUUCUCUCCCCCAUCUCUCUCAUCCCCUGGCUCUUUCACGGAAAGUCUCAAAGGGGCAGGGAUGUAACAGAAAACUUCUCUCUUUUGUCUCCUUUCUUUUCCUUAUCCUUUCAUCUUUUUGGGUUUUGGUGGGAUGGAAAUUUCUGCUAUAGGUGAAAGGAGGAAAGAGGAGGGGAGCACGGGAGAUGGAGAAUGAGAGUCUCCUGCUAUAACGCUGACGCAAUAUACGUCUCCUGCUAUAAAAACUAAGGGCUGGUUGGCUGUAGAUGCUGUAAAAAAUCUCCAGAGGAAAUUGCUUUAACAAAUUGCCCCCUAAUUCUAGAGCUGCAUGGUCCCAAAAUCCAUUCUGUUCACAACAGCAUGAACUGACAUGAAAUAAAUGAAAUUCUGCUGUCCGCAACUUUUACGGUACUGUUAUUAACUAAAAGGUCACAAGGUGUAGGAUGCACUUGUUUGGGGUGAUUAGUUUGGACUUUAACUCAAUUAAUUGACAAUAAAUCAGUUAAAAAGACAUUCUUCUAUCCAUUAUUCUACAUUUAAGCCAUUAUCAACUCUUUUUUUGUUUUGUUUUGUUUUUCAUUAUGAGAACCCUCACACCCACCGCCAGCAGAUGGUCCUCGUCCUUCUUUUUCCUCCACCAUAAUGUCUUCUUUCAGGACUGUGUCCAUUCCUCUUCUUCUAAACCAGCCCUCUUUCACUCCCACUGGCUGUUGUCCCCUCACCGCCUUUCGUGAAGAUGCCUUACCGCACGACUUGAACACUCAGACCUCCCCGCCGCGGGAAUUUCUGCAUCCACUUAACUUUUUAAAUCUUUUGUUUCAGAUUAAACGUCUCUCGUUUACAGCUCAAAGUCGGCUAAUUGUGGUCUCACUGCUGGAAAAGUAGAGCUGCCGCUGAUACACGCAGAGUCAGAGGUGUAUUACUGCUCUGGAUGUUCACCGCUUGCAUGCAAAUCCUCCAGAAGGUCGCGCGUGAGGAAAACAGAUAAGCGUGGAAAUACAACUCGACGUGGACCCUCUCAGACGGGACUCCGGAGAUGAUGUGGGAGACUUCUGUAGUCUGAAACAUGUGAAUCGAGAGUUCUUCUGGAAAUUUCGUUCAUUUUUGCUUGAGACUGACGGACUGUAGAAUCAAUGUGGUGUCUGUCGAAGAUACGUGUGGUCCGAAACUCACCUAAACGUUGACACGUCUUGGGAGUGAUGCACUGGCUUCCCCUGGUUGCCAUGGUGAUUGCCUCGGCCAUGCCUUUCUCUCAAAGUCCUGUGCCCAGGCUUGUUGUCGCGGCGAUAGAGCCUGGCAGAAACGACAGCAGCAGCAGCAGCGUCCCGACAGCGAACAUCAGCAUGCCGACCAACACAUCAGUGGACAACGACUCCCCUGAUGCUGUCUCUCACAACAACUACAGCACACAUGACAUAGCUCCUCACAGAACAGUCGAGAAGCAGAGCACGCUUGAGGAAGACCAUAUAUCCAAAGAUAGAGCAAACCGAGAGAAUCUUCUAAUAGGUGGAGGUAGGACUACUGGAGCAGAUGCCUCCAGGCCGCACGAGCCUAGGAAAUACAAAUCACAAAAAAUACUGGCUGAAAAAAGCCAUGGUAUUCUCAAGGACUAUCAGCUUGAAAGUAGCCAGUUUCAUGAAGAAAGCAGGAUUGAGGCAGAGACUUUUCUUAAAGAUGACAGGAACACAAGAAGUCCUAUGGUCUCUCUGCAGAGUUCUCCAGUGCAGGAACAUCUGGACGAAGCUCAAACGGUUGGGAGCACCAAUGCUGACGAGUUGGUGCAGCAAUACGGAGGGUUUGGAACAGAACAGGGCUUUAAGUUUGAUGACAUAGGCCUACGAGAGGAAGAUCAGCUGCUUUUGCUGGACGCCGAUCCUCAGGUGCUUUUCUCCCCGGCCCUCUCCCCACCCAAACAGCCACCUCUGCUCUUAAUGCUGGAGUCAGGCUUUCUGACCAAUGACGUUGAGGAUGAGGAAAGCCACAUGAUGGACGCUAACACCUCCGCUCACAGAGGCGACAAAGACACAUACAGGAACUUACUCUUGGGCCUCUCUGAUUCUGAUGGCCACAUCCCAAGGGUCCGCCGCAAGCGUCAAGCCGCCCACAGCGCACAAGGGAUGGCACGCUCCGUAUGUGAGGCCGAAACCAGGUGGGUGACCAAGAAGACCGCGGUGGACUUACUGAGCAACACCGUCACUAUUCUGCCAGAGAUCCCGACCCAGACUGGGCCACUCAAGCAGCGUUUCUACGAAACAACGUGCCGUAAGCCAGAUCCAAACAGGAGAGGUGAAGUGCAGGCGGUGGAGGGGGCCAGCUGCUUGGGGGUGGAUAAGAGACACUGGAUGAGCAAGUGCGAAACCAAACAAUCGUACGUUCGCGCACUCACCUCAGAUGAAAACAAGAGGAUAGGAUGGAGGUGGAUCCGUAUUGACUCCUCCUGCGUUUGCGUGCUGCUCACUAGAGGGACGUACAACACUAAGAAGUUGGAGUGAGGAAGAGAGCGAGAAAGGACAGCUAGCUCGGACUGUCUGAACAUAGGAUUGACACGGAGUUGAUAGUUCAUGUGAAUUCUGAGUGUUUGAGGGACUGUGUCUGUUCUGGUCCACUGUGUGGGGGAUAUUUCGUUUCCAGAUGUUCCCACAUAUCUAUAGCUGUACCCCAGUGUCUCGCUGAGGACAGCCAUGGAAAUCAUCCUUGUGUUGCUCAAAACCUGAUGUUUGUCACUCUUAAACGUGUUCGAAAAUCAUUGCAUUAGAUACUGGCAAAAAAAAAAAGGCAUCUGCAAACAAAAAAUGCCAGUAAAUAAUUUUCACUUUUCCAACCAGUAAGUAUGAAGUCAGUUCUCCUCAAGUUUAUGCAGGUUUCCUAGCACAAUGAUUACCUUUGUAGUUCAUUAUAAUAGCAUACGAGAUGUUACACACAGUUUGACUCCCAGAAGGACUUUGUCUUCAUUUUAAACAAUAUUUAUAGACCGAUAACAAAAGUGUACGUAUGCUGAUUCUUUUAAGGAAAUGCCUCAUGUUUUGAUAUUUUCACAUGUAAUGCAGAAACCUUUAUACACUUUUAAAUGUUGCUUCCAAGUUUCCAAAUAUUACAUAUUUAGUGCAUUUCACACAACAAAAUCUGGUGACUUGCACGAAAGUGAGCCAUGGUUGAAUGAACUAUAUCAAAGUCUCUCUUAAGGAAAUUCAGAUCUUUGCAGCCACAUUUGCAAUGCUUCCAGGUGGCUAUUUAAGAAAUGCAAGACCAGCUCCUAUCAGUGUGAAUGGGGAAAUACUGAAACCCUAGAAAAUAAUGGCAAAACUCACAAUGAAAUAAUAUAUUUCAAGUCAGAAAUCAAAUCUGACAUUACUCAUUGCCCAUCAAUGCUGAUUCUUAAGCUCAAAAAAGCUUAUAUUUAAGGUUGAUCCUGCCAGUGUGCAGUCCCAAGAGCAAGUCUCAGAUUUAUGUGAGAAAUGGAGAUUCCAAUGGCUCUUAAAUCUCACUAGAGCUGUUGCAGUUUUGCCCAUUCUUAGCAAUACAAGUGAACUGUCUUGGGUAAUACAUAGUGUUUGACGAUAGUCCUCAAGUCAUCUGAGGAUGAGGUUGAUUCCCUUUUUUUUCUAGGUGCAUUCUCUGUAACUUAUUUGUGUUUCAUGAAACAGCAUACGGGUUUGAAGUGAUAUGAGGUGACGAUGAGAUCCUCCGCUCUACUGUCAUUCCUCCAUUCCACACAAACAAGAAAACCUCAAUACCGAAAUCCUUUUUUUUUUCUUCUCUUACUUUUCAUAUAUUGUUGCAUUUGUUUUAUUGUAUCUAUAGUAUACAGACAAUAAGUUAUUACUUUUGAACUAGUAUGUAAGUCUAAGUACUUGAUAUUAAUAUAUUUCUUUAUAAAUGUACAAUAAGUGAAACAUAUACAUCAUGCAAAUAUAUGUUUAUUUAUAAUAAACAAAAAUUAUCCACUGUUUAGUGGUCAGCAGUGGUCCUUCAAAUGCCUGACCCAAAACUAGAGCCUCUUUGGUUUUCGGUGUCAGAAACGAUGGUUCACCCAUGUACUGUCCACUCAGCAAAUGUUACAGAAAUACAGUCCAAAAACUGAGUGUUGGAUGAAAUGAACUGUAGUCCAGGUCCCUGGUUACUGUAUUAAGAAAGCUGUGGAAGUCAGUGCACAGGGUUUGAUGUUAUUUUUCACAUUGAGUCAUUGUAAUAAAGUAUUAUGCAAUCUUUGUAAGGUAGAUACUUUUGUAUAUGAUUUUAUUUUUGAAGUAGAUGGAAGAGCGAGAGGUGCUUUGGUAAAAUACAAAGCGGAAUAUAUGAUUGUAUUUCUCUCUUUUUUAAUAUAUAAAAAAAAAAACAGGAAGUACUUUGAUUUGCAGUUGUCGAAUAUAAAACAUAAAAUCUGACUUCGCACAUAAAUUAGCCUCUCAAAAUCACGAGCACGCCGAACUCUUUAGUACCAUUAGGAACACUUUAUUUUAUUUAGAUUUUCAUCAUCUUCAUUAUCAUUAUUGUUUAUUUUGCAGACAUCAUUUUCAUUUUGAACCACUGUCAUCCUCAUCAACAGUAAUGGUUUGUUUUCAAAUCAUAACACAAUUUUGUCAAAAUGUACACAUACAAGUAGCAUAUUUUAAUGACCGUGUUUUUAAUAUUUCAUAUUUUACGCUUUAAACUAGAUCAAAUGAAAUUACAGUCAGCAUUAUUAAAUGAACAUGUACAUACAGUUAUUCAAUACAUACAUACAGAAAAUAAAUAGUUAUCAUAAAAAUAAAAAAUAAAAAUGAAAAUACACACAUUUUACAAAUUGUUCCCCAAGCUCUUAACCUCAUAUGUUAAUGUACACAUAAUUUUUAUUUUUAACUCCAUAUUGUCUUGUUCCCCGGUAGGUUUAGUUCGUUGUCGUCUUGGUUGUUUGACAUGCAUCGCAACACAGAAGCUAAACGUUUUCUCUCACUUGUUUUUCCCCCGGCCCUCCCCCAUUUCUCCUCCUCGGUUCACCUCUGCUCAUCUUUUAUGGCUUGCGUUGUUAGAAUGAUUCUGUCCAUCAGGACUCGUUUCUGCUGGUCACUUGCUUUGUUCGCAAGCAUCUUCCCUCGCGCAUCGGUCUCUCUGCCACCACCAGCUUCCCUUCGUUUGCUGACUUUUAGUCUUUAAUCGAAAUGUUCGAAAAAUGUAAAAAAACACCUAGUAGUAACUGAGCAAGAAUUGUGCCCUUUGCAGUCUCAUGUGUAGCUCUCACUGCUCAGCUUGUGCCGACUGAGAAACACAUCCAGCGAAGUGUUGGCCUCACACAGCCUGGCCCCUCCACUGUGCUCUGAAGUACUUCCUCUGAACCUUACCGUAUGUAAACAUCCCUGAAGUCCAGGUCGAGUUGCCACAAACAUCCUUUGCUAUCGAGAGACUCAAGAGACCAACUGCAGGCAGUCGACGAAAGCCAUUCUGAGGAACUAGGGCUGCGGGCAGCGCCAUUGAAACGAAGGAUGGAAAGACGAGAGAGUUCAUCUACAGACGUCCCAUCAGCACAGACACAGGAAGAGAGAACGACAGAAAGAAAGAAUAAACAGUCAUCCGAUUCCUCCAGCCAUCCCAUUUCUUACCACUCUCUUGUGU